GAUAUUUUCCAUAACGAUGCUCAUUAGAGUCUUUAUCCCAAGUUUUAAGAAAGUAAAGGGCCCUCAGACAUAUACGGUGUACACAAUAGAAGUAUGGAAUUCAGGGAGAAAACAGAUCGUAGAAAAACGAUAUUCAGAAUUUGAAGAACUGAACAAAGAGUUAAAGAAAUUGAUGGCUACUCCCUUUUUUCCUCCUAAAAAAGUUUUAAAAUGGAACUCAAAGGUAUUAGAACACAGAAGACAGGCUUUGGAAGCAUAUUUGAAGGCACUGGUUGAGAGAAAUACUAAACCAAUUAUUUUAUUAAAUUUUCUGAAUAUCAAAAUACCGUCAGAUAGUACUGAAUCACUUGAUAGACUGGGUAGACCUCGUAAAAAAUGUCUUGUACCUGUAGUUGGUUUUCCAGAUGAUGCUUUUGUUAAUGAGGAUCCAGAUAGACCUUUAAGUUUUGCUGUUGUAGAUGGAGUGUUAGAUGCUAUAAAUACACCUUGUUAUUCAGGAACAUGUUCAUAGUUUUUGGCAUUAAUUGGCUGUAUGUGCAUGAUAAUUGAUAUAAUGGUAUUUGGCCUUGAGUGAAUGGGCAAGAGUUUAUUUUAAUUGAGUUAAAGUUUGGCAUUUAGUAAAUGUACUAGAUCUUUUUUUAAAAUUCUCCAUAUAAUUAUGUUUCAAUUUGAUGGGACAGUUGGUAUAUUCAAUUAAAAUAAUGUCGCUCAAGAUUGGGUAACCGUAAUAACUAAAUAAAUAAAAUGUUUAUGAAACUGAAACUAUAUGUGCAUCUGGGUCUAGUCCUGUUAAGUAAUGGGAUAAAGAAAUGAAUUUGCUUCUGAAUGGGUUACAGCAUAGUUUUAUGCGUUGUGGACUAAACGGUUUUUAAACAUUUGUUAUUGUUGAGUGUAUGUAAGAUAUUUAAAGUUAUAAAAACUAUUUAUUUGUUGGUAUAUAUGAAGUUAUUAAUUGUAAUUAUUUUAUUUAUACUUUCAUUAUAUAUCAUAGCAUUGUUCACAUUAAAAUAUUUAAAUUUC